CCACCCGCAAUCCCGGCACCGCGCUUGGCGUCCCGCCCGCAAUCCCGGCCCCCCGUUCCCGCUGCCGCCCCCGCCGCGCUGCCACGUCCCCGCCCGGCGGGGCCAAUGGGCGGCGGCGCCAGGUGUGUGUUACCUGCACCACGUGGGCCGGGGGUGGGCAGGUGGUGCCGCGGCCCCGCGCUGAAAAGCCCGCAGCCAUUGCGCGCUUCCUAAGGGUGCAGCCGGAGUGGGAGCGGCCGCCGCCCGCCUCGGGAAAAAGGGGGUGGGAAAGCGGGGGGAAGCCGUGCGCCUCCCCCGCGCCAGGUCCUUGGGGAGCGAGGCUGCAGGUGGGGGCUCUGCCGCUUGGGUCUCGGCUGGAAGCGCCUCGGGCAGGGAAAGUUUCCGCUCUCUUCUCGUCCCCUUCUCCUCCUUCCUUUCCUCCUUUUUCUUUCUUCUUUCUUUCUCUCCUUUUUAUCCUUUCUGCUGACCCUGUGGCACCAUGACGGCGUCUCCCGACUACCUGGUGAUCCUCUUUGUGACCACGGCGGGCACCAACGGGGCAAGGCUGGGCUCAGACGAGCGAGAGCUGCUCCAGCUCCUGUGGAAAGUGGUCGACCUGAGGAGUAAGGAGCUGGGGCACCUGCAUGACGUGCUGGUCCGGCCUGACCACCCAGAGCUGACGGCUGAGUGCCAGGAGAUCACCCAGGUGGAUGUGGAGAGCCUGGCACUGGCUCCGCCGCUGGAGCAGGCACUGAGACAGUUUAAUCAGUCUGUGAGCAAUGAGCUGAAUAUUGGUGUAGGUACUUCCUUCUGUUUCUGUACUGAUGGACAGUUGCACAUUAGGCAGGUUCUGCACCCUGAAGCUUCCAAAAAGAAUAUCUUACUGCCUGAAUGCUUCUACUCCUUUUUUGACUUGCGGAAAGAGUUCAAGAAGUGUUGCCCUGGCUCACCUGAAGUUAGCAAACUCGAUGUUGUGGCCAUGACAGAAUAUUUAAAUCUUGAUAAGAACAGUCCAGCAUUUCCGUAUGGAGCCUCUCAAGUUGAAGAUAUGGGGAAUAUUAUUUUAAGACUAAUAUCUGAACCAUACAAUCACCGAUUUUCAGAUCCAGAAAGAGUGAACUACAAAUUUGAAAGUGGGCCUUGCAGCAAGAUGGAACUUGUGGAUGACAAUGCUGUUAUCCGAGCAAGAGGAUUGCCAUGGCAGUCGUCUGACCAGGACAUAGCGAGAUUCUUCAAAGGCCUAAAUAUUGCCAAGGGAGGUGCUGCACUCUGUCUCAAUGCCCAAGGUAGAAGGAAUGGGGAGGCUCUUGUGAGGUUCGUAAGUGAAGAGCAUAGAGAUCUAGCACUACAAAGGCACAAGCAUCACAUGGGGAAUCGAUACAUUGAGGUAUACAAGGCAACAGGUGAAGACUUCCUUAAAAUUGCAGGAGGCACUUCCAACGAGGUUGCACAGUUCUUGUCAAAAGAAAAUCAAGUGAUUGUCAGGAUGCGAGGUCUUCCUUUCAAUGUAACAACAGAAGAAGUGCUGACUUUCUUUGGCCAGCACUGCCCUGUAACAGGAGGGAAGGAGGGAGUCCUGUUUGUCACAUACCCUGACAGCAGGCCGACAGGGGAUGCCUUUGUCUUGUUUGCUUGUGAGGAAUACGCACAAAAUGCACUGAAAAAGCAUAAGGACUUGCUGGGGAAAAGGUACAUUGAACUCUUCAGGAGCACUGCAGCAGAAGUUCAGCAGGUGCUGAACAGGUACUCUUCCACACCUCUCAUUCCUCUUCCAACACCUCCUAUUCUUCCAGUAUUACCUCAACAAUUUGUGCCUCCCACAAACAUCAGAGACUGCAUACGUUUGCGUGGUCUUCCCUAUGCUGCUACUAUAGAGGACAUCCUGGAGUUCUUGGGAGAGUUUUCUACAGAUAUUCGGACCCACGGAGUUCACAUGGUACUGAACCACCAGGGACGUCCGUCAGGAGAUGCUUUUAUUCAGAUGAAAUCUGCAGAUCGAGCUUUCCUGGCUGCACAGAAAUGUCAUAAGAAGACUAUGAAGGACAGAUAUGUUGAAGUCUUUCAAUGUUCUGCUGAGGAGAUGAACUUUGUAUUAAUGGGGGGCACUUUAAAUCGAAAUGGCUUGUCCCCACCACCAUGUAAGUUACCAUGCCUUUCACCCCCUUCCUACUCCUUUCCUGCUCCUGCUGCAGUUAUGCCAACAGAAGCUGCUCUGUAUCAGCCAUCCAUGCUCCUCAGCCCACGAACACUCCAGCCCUCCACAGCCUACUACCCUGCAGGGGCUCAACUCUUCAUGAACUACACAGCAUAUUACCCCAGUAUGCAGCAGAGGAUGGACUUGUACACACAAAUGAUCCUGCCAGGACAGUGUCCAAAGAAUGGAUUUGCAUUUAAAGGCCCCAGCAGUUAGACUUCCUUAGAGAAGGUAAGGAUAUGAACCCCAGGAGAUGGGUUUUGGGUGCAUCAUAGUGUUUGCUUCAGAUAACCACCAUAUUCAACAUAACUUUUCAUUUGCUGCCCUGGGAACACGGCUAGUCUUUCCUAUUUCUAGAAUGUCAUGCUGCAGUGUAUAAAGCCUUGGCUGUUAAAGCCAUCAUUUAAAAGAUUUUGACUACUCCAGUCAUUGUAAGGGCUGCUGCUUUACAUGCUUCCCAGGGCUUCAAAUGCAUGCUACUUCAAGCUUUAAUACCAGUACUGAGAGAAAGAUCCUCAGAGACAGUUUCCUCUGUGGAACAAAGUACAGAGAUGAUGUUACUUCUAGCAAUGCACUAGGAUGUAGUGUUGGUUAGGCAGAAUGAGCUACUUUCUUAGGUAACUACAGAAUCUGAUUUCUAAGCCUUGCGCUGAUGUAAAAUUGCAGCAAUGAAGUAAACUGUGUUUGUAUAACAGCAGCUACUCUCUUGCCUUUGUGAGCUUUCUGAUCAGGCCACUUGAGCCUUUCAAGCUUGGUUUACUUGAUCUUCUGUAUAGGAACAGUCAAAGGGUGAAGUCACCCAGAAAGCACUUGUGCAGAAAAAUGCAAGUUGAACUGCAAAACAAUGUAUUGGUGACUGCACCAGGUGCUUUAUCAUGUGCUGUAGUCUCAGAGGAAAGUAUAGAAAUAUAUUUAUGAGAAAUGGUCCUGUAAUCUUUAGUCCUUUAAAAACAUAUAGUCAAAGAACUUUUAUGCCCUUUUCUUUCCUCUGUUCAUUCUUCCCCUCAGUCUUCUGUUUUGUUCUCCUGCUUUUGACACAAAGGUAACUUAGCCCAGGGUAUAAUCUACUUCUGGGCAGAAUCUUUACCUGCAGCAUCACCUCACUGUCACCUGCUCAAGGUGUGCUGCUUUUGCAUGUGUUUUGCAGAAGUGACCAUUUCAAGUAGUUGGCUAACAGGCUGGCUUUUGUCUGGGCUGAUAAAGUUAAACUCCAUCCCUAUAGCUGACAGUCUGAGGCCAUAAUUAGGUGCUCAUUAGCAUCCCGGCCUAAACUACGCUGCAUAGCUUCCCACCCCGCAGCUGUUUGUCUGUAGUGGGUGUUGCCAUGCAGUGACUAGGCUGGGAAGCUGAUCUAACUGGAAGAUCCCAUGGGGGUUGCCUCUUAAUCCAUUUUCAGCAAGUUUACAUCUUAGCUGUGAGUACUUGUGUUGGCCCAGAGAUGGGAAGGUUGAAGUGAACAAAGCAGACACUGAGGGACAGUAAUGGCAUUGCUGUGUUGGAGUUGACUGUAAAACUUCACCUUGAGAGGUAAAAGGUCAUGUGAUAAUUGCAUUAAUUCUGGCAUACUCCUAGUGAAGCACUGUUAUCUUAAUAGGCAAUGUCACUGAAAUCCUGUGUGUGUAAGGUGAAAACUAAAACUUUGGGUUCUUCAACAAAUAUUUGAUAUUUUGGAAAUCAAAAAAUAAAUAUUUGCUUUUAUCAUGGUGUUCAGUGACCUGCACAACUCUUUCGUGCAGAUUCUUCCACCCUUUCUGAUGUUUUGAACAAACACAGCAAGCAUAGAUGGAGAUUAUCAUUACAUUCCCAGUUUUACUGCUUCUCAAGCCAGUUGUGCUCAAGAGAAAAAAAUCACCAGAACUCUGGAAAUCAGCAGAUGGAUCUCUGUGUUCAAGCUGAUGCACAAUUUUCAAACAUGCACACGCAGACCACUAAGCCCUUCAUUGAGAGCACAGGUGUUGAAAUCAUGCAAGUCCUUGAGGGUUUCUCCUUGAUAAAGUAUUCAGCUGCUCUUAACACAGACACAGUUUAGCCUCAACCUAAAAUUCUGAUCUCUUAUGUUCUUUGAAAUAGCAAAAAAGUCUUUUUUUGUCUAAUUUUGCACACAGUUCUGUUUAAUUAAAGUAUUUUACAACCUCUAAUUGUGCACUUGAUAUUUUAAUAAAAAAAAAGUGGGGUUUUUUUGGCUUGUAUAUAUGUCUAAACUGUGCAAAAGAGGCCUUUGUAAACUUUAUACGCAGGCAUAUUUUAUACAGUGCAGAAAUAAUUAGGAAUGUAAAAUGGAUUAUCUGAGGGGAAAAAUGCUGUAACUUUGUAAAAGUAUACGUGUGGGAUGUUAAAUGCUUUGUCUCUGAUUCUUAUCUUGUAUGCUUUUUCAUAUGCACUCAGGUAUUUAAAUUUUAAAAGGCUUACAGGAGUAUGCAUUUUCAAACUUUGCUCACUCUGCUUAGUCAGAAAACGAGAAAUGUAGUUAAUGUCUCUCCUGUGCUACUACUUUUAUUUUUCCACUUCCUGCUCUACCCACCCUGCUUGGUGUUUGACAGCCUUUCAUGCAAGAGAAGGAAUUGUGAUCUCUAGUAAGACCCAGCACCUUAUCUGCUUUAAAGGAGGGUCACUCAGGGAUGGUAGUUUGAGCUUAGUCUCUCUCUGAACUAGAGCAAGUAACCCAGCACCACAACUGUCACUCUUACCAGAGAAAUCAGGUGAUAAAUGUGCUCUUACUUAAAUAACUUUUAGCAGCCUCUGGUCUCCCUGCCUGCCCUGAGACUGGGCUUCAGGCUGAGGGUUAGAUCACUAUGUCUUUCCAUGGCAAUUACACUCAUUUCUACUGAAGAAAGGGGGAAGGAAACCCUGAAAUAAAGAGAUUUGUGGGGCUAAAAGUUGCCAAGUGGAUAGGUUCUCUGGCAUGUUCAAAAUAAAUAUUGCAGAAGUGAGGGCUGCAAGCACUUCGGGUUUGUGGUGCUUAGAGUCCUCCUGUAUUUAGUUCCCAUGAGCCCAAAUCCACAACAGUGCCUUGCUAUCUCUGAAAGGAAGUAAAGGGGAAUUAAAAAAAAACCCCACAAACAAACAAGGAUGGUGGGGUGGCAAAGUAGGAAAACUGUUCUAGACAAGUGAUAGUCUCCCCCUUUCAUUCUUCCCUUAUUAUUUUUCACUUCUCUUUUCAAUGUGCCACCCUCCCCCACUCACUACAGCCAUAGUAAUCUAGAUUUACAUUUUCUCCUGGCAAAUUAUCACACUCUGAAGUAUUUGACAGAGACUUUUUUUAAAAUCACUGUUCGGUAAGCACGAGUACAUCAAACAUGAUUUAUUGGCACAAAAUAUUUUUAAAUGGUAUUUCUAACUUUUCUUUCUGAGAAGAUGGUUUUGCCUUUCAUUUUGUAGCAUGAUUAUAAAUUAAUAGUUAUGCAUUAGCCUAUAUAAGCCACUGGGGCAGUGACGGUGGAAUGGAGUCUUCACAUAUUAACUGUGCAAAUACAGACAAUACAGUGGAUGGGAAGAAGUAGUCCAGAAAAGGCUUGGAAAAAUAAAUCACAAACUGAAUGCAACAAUAAUUAAAUGCUUCUGAAAAACAAAGGCAUACUUUAUGUUGGGUUACACACAUGAGCCUUUAGUUUGGGAUGUUUUCCAAGUGUUCUAUACAGUGCUGGUAAAACUUUAGCAAAAAGUUAUAGCCAAAAAUUGCCACAAAAAUUGCAAAACGUGGAUCAACUGCAGAGCGAACAGAGAGAUUGUGAAAACUGCUCCUGGAGGCCUGCUGAAGGCAUUGGGAUUGCUUCAUUUGGUGAAAAGGAGACUGCGGUAUGAGACCAGUAUAUUAAAGAUAUGGCUAUGAAGAGAGAAGGAAUAAAUUCUUCCCGUUGUGAAUGGGACCAGGAGAGAAGGGAUGGAGUUACAGAGACAGAUUAAGGGAUCAGAACAAACCUUAUAGCAGCAGGAGUUAAAUACUGCUCUGAACUGCCUGGGGAGGCACCACCCAGGUAAUCCUUUGGGACUGAUUGGCCAAGCACUCAUUAGAGAUGGCACUGGUAGAGCUGGUCCCACUGUCAGAUGCAGACAUGGACAAGAUCUCCUCUUCAGCUCCCCUCCAGCCUUGUUUGUGGUGAUACUGCUUUCUUCUUAGGACCCUGGCCUCAGAUGUUAGCAAGUGAACUGUACAUCUUAAUAUAUACAAUAUGAGCUGAGAAUUGUGUUAUUUUUCACGAGCUCUCUCGUAUUUGGGAGUCUUUAGACUCUAUUUUCAGAACUGAAUUCUUUAUACAGUUUUUCAAUAACUGUUUUAAUUGAUUACAGCUGGAGUUCAUUUAACCUAAAGCUGAGGAAAAUAAUAUUCCCUCAUUAUAAUGGGUGCAGGUUUUAGAAAACAGGCAAACUAGAAGUUAUGUGAUUUCUACAAAGGGGGAAAAUGUGUGUAUAUUCUGUUUUCUUUUUGCAAAACUAGGAAAGCUUUGAGAUUUCCCAACUAUCUCUGAAUAUCUCCAUUACUUCAGUUAGGAGAUUCUCAGCUGGAGGCAAUUUUAUUUAUUUAAGAAGGAAAGCCUGAAACUCCAUCAGUAAAGAUGAAAGUCCAAUUCCACACUGUAACUUUCUGUGAGAUUAAGAGUACUGAUUGAACUUGAGAUGUGAAUCUAUUGCUUGUUGGUUUGGAUGUGUAAAGAAUAUGUAAUAUGAAGGUAAUAACUGGAAUUAAUCUGAAAAAAAUAUGUGAAAAUAUAUAUUGUACUUUCAUAAAGACUAUAUUUAAAAUUA